ACUAGGAUAUCUUACUUACCCGACUUACCCAAUUGUGGUUGACACUAGUGGAAUAAUCUGGUUCUGAAUUGUUCUGAAUACCGCAAAAAAUUGAGAUAAAUUUGAUAAAUGCGUUGAUAACUGUAGUUUUGUGUAUAACGUGUAAUUAUUUAUAAUUUAUUGAUCAUGUCAAAAAGUAACGUUCUUGAAGUCGAUGAGUAUGCAUUGUGGAGAAAUCUCUUACCGAAAAGUGAAGAGCAAAAAGAAUUUGAGGAGCUUCUAAAACUUUCAACUCCUUCUGAUUGUCCUUCCGUGAAAGUACGUCCAUUACCUGGCAUUUGCAUAAAAACUAGAACGGAAGAUGGUAAGAAAGUAUUCAUAAACUUGUGUCAGACAUCUGAGAUUCCUGAACCGAAAGAUAUAUCGGAAGACAUGUUAUUUCAAGAAAAAAAUCUGGAAGUUUCUGAUUAUGUGAUACCAAUGAGUAUUGGCCAGGAAAGAUUAGAAACUGAUAAAGAUGGGAAAAACUGUUCAACAUACGAUGUAGCUAUUAAUUCAAAUUACUUUCAAAAAUGCCAAAAGAAAAAGAUGUUCUUAGUGUUUACGAUAACAGCUGUGAUAGAGGCAAUAUCACAAAAGUAUAAUAAAACUCUGAAUGAAAAUUACAUUAUUCUUAAGAAUAGAAAGGUUAUGGGUAAUAUACAAGACCAUAGAAUCGAGAAACGAGAAGUUAGGAAACCCGAAGUAAAGAGGCCUUUAAUAGAAGAACUUCCAAGUGAUAAUAAGAAAUCUGAAAAGAAUAAUGAAGAUUUAGCAUCGUUAAGUUAUGUAAUCCUUCGAACCCCUAAGGAAGGAAAAGCAGAACAGUUAAUUGGCCGAUUUAAGAUUCACAACUCAGUUUCUCCAGAAGACAUCACCGUUUAUGUAGGUGAAGAUCGCAUAAUUGUUAAUGCUGAAAAAGUUGGAUAUUCGGUUGACAUCUUUGUUCCACACUCAAUUAUAUCAGAACAAGUCGUUGCAUUAAUGGAUAAGAAUAUUGGGAUUUUGCAAUUGAACAUGCCUACUCGAUGUUAAGCCUUUUAUUACUUAAGUAAAAUAGCAAUAAAUCGGAUUUUUGAUGUUUUCUAAA